GAGGCGCAAAAGACCAUCACCGUCGGCAUCGUCGGCGUGCCCAACGCGGGGAAGUCGCAGCUCACGAACACGCUCGCGGGGUCGCAGGUGAGCGCGGUGUCCCCGAAGACGAACACGACGCGUAUUGAGACCCUGGCGACGAUCACGAAGCGAGAGACGCAGGUGAUACUCGUCGACCUCCCCGGCGUCGUCGGCAGAGAGCACUACCGCAACGGCGUGCACGAGAAAAAGGUGAGCUCCGCGUGGAGCGCCGCCGCGGACUGCGACGCGCUCGUGUUCAUCGUCGACGCGCACCGACAGCUGUCGCGGCCGGACCCGAGGGUAGUGCGGUUGAUCGCUCGCGCGCGGGAGAGCUUGGACGCGAUGAAGACGGAGGCGGAGAAGCUCGAGGGCGACGGCGCGCUUCGGGUGCCGUCGUUUCUCGCGUUGAACAAGCUCGACCUGUUCGAGCCGUGGGAACGCGACCGCGUCAAGGCGCUCGCGCGUCAGCUCUCGAAGCUGCACGACUUCGCGCGCGUCUUCCCGAUCAGCGCGAAGCGAGGGAAGGGCACGGACGCUCUGCUGAGGGGGCUGAUCGAGAUCGCGCCGACGAAGCCGUGGGCGUUCGACCCGACGCAAGUCACGGACAAGACGUCGAUCGACCAAGCGAUCGAGGUCGUCCGCGAGUGCGUCUACCAGCGUCUGCACAAGGAGCUGCCGUAUAACAUCGUCCCCAUACACGACGAGUGGGAGAACCGGCGCGACGGCAGCGUGAAGAUCGAGCAGUACCUGGUCGUGGACAACGUUGGUGUGAAGCAGAUCGUCGUCGGGCGGCGAGGGAGCACCAUCGGACAGAUUGGGAUUCGCGCGCGCGUGUUGCUCGAGAAGAUGUGGGACAAACGCGUGCACCUCAUCUUGAACGUCAGGGUCAGGAAGAAGAACAACACCGUGCGAGGGCGCCUUCGCCCGGAGGAGUUUGAGAAGUACUAG